AUGUUGGCCAGGUUGAGUCUAAAAUGCUGUUUGUCUCGUCUAAUUCCAGAGAACUACUCGGUCAGCGGGCCCGAAGGAGCGAAGACCGAGUCGGUGGCCAACCUGCAGUCCCAGGCCUCCCUGAGCUCCAUCCAGUCCAGCUCUCCGGGACCCAAGCGCUCGGGCAACACCCUCAAGAAGUGGCUGACCAGCCCUGUGCGCCGCCUCAGCCACGGCAGCAGCGUCAAGAAGUUCCCCAGCAAGCACAAGAAGAGGGACGGCCGCAAGAGCAUCGACCUGGGGCCCCCAGAGAGCUCCCUGCACGACGAGAACGUAGAUGAGGUAAUGAGCGUCCUGACUCCUCUCCACCGCAUCUCUCAAUCUCUCUCGAUCUCUCCUUCUCUCGCAGGAGGAGGGUGUAGACGAGGUAAUGAGCGUCUCGUCUCUGCCGCAUCUCUCUCUCCACCUACCUCUCCCUACCUACCUCUCCCUUCCUCUACCUCUCUCCCUUUCUCUCUCCUCUCCACCAUGUCUCUGUAACAUACAGUCAUUGGUUUCUAAGGGACAUGUCCAUCACAGUUCUUCAGGGACCGCUGUUGUUCUUUGAAUCCCAGAUUGGCCAUUUAAACGUCACAUUUUGUGGGAAUACACUGCAUCUGGGGGAGUUGUGGUUCUUUCAGGCUCUUUUAGUUUAACAAAGGGUUAAGUGAAUGGAUAAUAUUUACAAGUACAGUUCAGGCAAUGGUUUGGAAGAAAUUUUUCCAAACCUUUGUGAUGAUUCCCCUUCAGAUCAGUCUUUUGAACCUCUUGAACUUCGUAAGCAAAGGUUAAUAACUACAGUGAUUGCAUAUCUGCAGCAUUCAAACAAUCUCUAGAUCCUCCCAUCGAUAGAGGAGCAAUUUCCCAAGGCUAAAGUAUGAGCUGUUAUCUGAUAACAAAUCCACACACUAUUCCCUACAUAGUGCACUACUUUUGACCAGAUCCCUAUGGACCCUCAUCAAAAGUAGUAUAAUUAAUAGAGUGCCAUUUGGGAUACAGACCCAAUAACUAUGGGAUCAUUCUGCAGGGUGCAUGUGUCAUUCUGGUUUCAUCACAAGUCAUGAACUAUUGGCAUCACAGUGUAAAUGGGAGCCUUCUGAAUCAAUUUCAAUAUCAACUAAUGUCGAGCAAAUUAUAUGCAUCUCUGUGCAUGAGGAAAAGUAGAGAGAAUUUUUGUCAGUACAAGUAGUCGAUUUCUUACUUCCCAUUUGGUUGAUGGAUAGCAGUGCAAUAUUGUGCUGUACUGUUGCAACUGCUGCAUGUAAAUGUUUUAGAUGCCUACCGAAAGGAUAUGCCGAUACAGUAUAAUUUCACAGUAACAGAAAAGUAGAUUCCUUGUUCUCAUUCCUAGCACAGCCCCAUGAUAAAAAGUCUAAAGGAAUGGUCACAGAAGUGUUCCACAUGAUUUGGUCCCACAUCAGUGGGACUGUGAUUAGGAUAGCAUCCCUAAUGGCACCCUAUUCCCUAUAUAGUGCACUAAUUCUGGUCAAAAGUUGUGCACUAUAUAGGGAAUAGGGUGCUAUUUGGGACACAGCCCAGGCCUGCAGUGACUUUCUGGCUGGCUGGUGGCUGUGUGGCACCCAGUGUGAUGUUGAGACAAAGAGAGGCACUGUGAUGGAGCAGGACACCCCUGUGAACUCUGGGACAAUGACCCACAUUAACCCCUCCUGCUCCCCCCAGACUUUACCCUCUCGACCCUUCUCUCCCUACAGAGGGGCAGGAAGGAGCGCACCCUGUCCAAGUCCUCCUCUGGAAUGCAGAGCGGAGGAGAGGAGGAGCCUGAGGACGACUCUCACACCCCCCUGCCGCCCCCCAUGGAGAUCAUCAAGGACCCCUCGUCCCAGGAGGAGAAGGUACGGCAUGGCACCCCCUCUUCAUGACACUGUAGUACCUCUACUACCCCUAAGUCUACUAGCUCACUCUGUUGGAGUUACUUCAUGAAUGCAUCCAAAAUGGCACCCUAUUCGCUAUAUAGUGCAAUACUUUUGACCAGGGUCCAAAGGGCACUAUGUAGGGAAUAGAAUGCCAUUUGGGACGAAGCCUUCACUUAGUCUUCCAUUCGGUUAACGACCUUAUUGGUCUCAGACAGUCUGCUAUGUCACUCAGCACAGGCUCAUAAGAUGUGUCCACCUGCAGCCCCCUCCACUUCCCUUCCUCUGCUGCCUCUAUGUACUAUACAGCACUAUGCCACUAACUACCACAUGUGUCUACAGCUGAAUCCGUGUCUGCUGAGCUCUGCUGAAUGGGAAGCAUUAUGUGUACCAGCUUGGUUUACAGCUGGAAGAGCUACACUGUGUGACCUGACUAACUAACACACUGUUGCACAGUUUCACUUUCACUCUCUCACUUUACUCUAUAAUCAAGAGCCCACCCCACUUUUUGUGUCCCAAAUGGCACCCUAUGGGCCCUGGUCAAAAGUACUGCACUACAAUAUAGGGUGUCAUUUGGGACGUACACUUUGACACUGAAAUGUCCCAGGCCUACUACUAACUGAUAUAGUGUGUGUAUAAUUCCAACAGCACCUCACGUUGCUCCACUAAAGCUUGUCUUCUGUAGCUUCUCCAAGGUCCUGACUAAGCGCUUAUCUAAUAACUACCUUUGUCUCUCUGUCUCUAUUCCUGCUCUCCUCCUCUUCCUCAUCCUCCCUUCUGCUAACGCGCCCGACCUCCCUCUCUCCUUCCCUCCCUCCUAAACUCUGCCUUGCAGUCCUCCGCAUUGCUUACUGCACGUCAGGGCUCUGCCGAUGUCCCCAGCGCUGCGGAGCUUGUCAGUGCAAUAGAAAAGUUGGUAAAAACUAAGCUGGUAAGUGUGGAAGGUGAAGCAAUUCAAAACGGCAUUGAGCAAUUGCCAUUUCUACACACUCACUUUGCACACUGAUAAGUCGGUGACAAUCUCUACACUAAUGCCCUCUUCCUCUUGAAGUCAUCUACUAACUUCCGCUUUUCAAAGGCCACUAACCAUGUCAUGCUGACUGGGAGCUGCAUGUUGAUGUUAUCAUGCAGGACAAUUUGCAAAUAUAUUCCUUUCUGAAUGUGGAUGAUAGAACACUGGCUGUGUCCCAAACGGCACCCUAUUCCCUAUUUAGCGCCCUAAUUUUGAUAAGGCUCUUGUCAAAAGUAGUGCACUAGAUAGGAAAUAGGGUGCCAUUUGGGGCACAGCCCCCUCUUGCCACAUACAGAUCAGAUAAGUAGUAUGACGUCAGGUGACAGAUCAUGUGAUAAGGUUCCAAGCAUCUACUGCAUAGUAGCAUUCAGCUUUGUACGUGUGGAGCAAUUUCCAAAAGAGUACAAUACAGUCAAACAGAGUGUUUUAGACUUAUGUGGCUUUGGCAGCUCAUUGGUUAAGCAGAGUAUUCUCUUCUCCAUCAGUUCCCUCUCCCUGUGUCACUGCAGUGGGCUGUAUGACUGUGACUUCUGACCUCUGAGCCCUUGGCUUCAAAUCCUCUCUCUCUCCUUUGUUAGAAUCUGGAGCCAGGUGCCUACCCCAGCUUCACCACUUUGACCCCUCCGGAACAGACCAGCCCAGCCCUGCCCAGGAACCCUGAAAUGGAUCAGAAGGCCAAAGCUCUGCGCGGACGCAUGUAAGAGACAUGUAGCUUAGCCUCUGUCAUGUAGCACAGACACUAAUGGCUCUGAUGUUGUCUUCCUGUCCUCUGUUUGGUUAUAUGUGUAACACUCAGAAGUACACUUAGCAGGUCUACUGUUUAGCCUACUAUGUUUAUAUUUGUUUAUUUUUGAACCACUCAAAAAAUAAGUUCCCUCAUAGGACAAACAAAGCUAUUAUAUUACAUUCUUCCCUUGACACGAAGUUGAAGUCCCUCUGUUUGUACUGCAUUUAUAGGUGGUUCAUCCUGCAGAGAAAUGCAGCCUCCUGUGUGUAUUCAGGUCAUUAAACACACAUGUCCUUUUCCUCAGGUUUGUCCUCAAUGAGCUGGUACAGACGGAGAAGGACUAUGUCAAGGACUUGGGGAUUGUAGUGGAGGUGAGUUGACCAGAAUCUCGUCCUAGCGGGGGGCUAUUUAGCAUCGCUAGUGCGGAAAUAGCAGGAGAGAGAGGCAUGUCCUAGUAACAGUGGAGAAUGUGACCAGUCACUGCUCUAGUUUUAGAAUUCAUACAUUUGUCCCCAAAUAACACCCCAUUCCCUAUUUAGUGCACUACUUUUGACCAGAGCUCAAAAGUAGUGCACUGCUGUAUAUAGGGAAUAGUGUGCUUUUAUGGACGCAUCCCAAGUGUUGGACUAGCUGUUGUCCUAUUUGCAUUGUGGUAUUUAUGUCACAGAGAAGCUCCCCGACUUGUGACUAUAUUUACGUAAACAACUCCUCAGAAAACAUAAUUUGAGUAUUGGGCUGGGUUUUGUCUUACAUAUUGAGAUAAGUGCAUAAUUUUCUCACAUCUAGGAUUGGAUCCCAAAUGACACCAUAUUCCCUAUAUUGUGCACUAAAUAUGGAAUAUGGUGCCAUGUGGGAUGCAGUCCAUGAGUUCAACCAUAUGUAUUUAUCAUAUUCUCUUUUUCCACUGUAUGCUAGUCUUACAAUGCUGAUUAUUAUCUGACUCAUGUUUCCUGUCAUAUCGAGUCCAUGACCUUAAUUCGGUGUGAUGUUGUUUCUCUUUUAGGGGUUCAUGAAGAGGAUAGAGGAUAAGGGAGUCCCUGAAGAUAUGAAAGGAAAAGACAAAAUCGUUUUUGGGAAUAUUCACCAGAUCUACGACUGGCACAAAGAGUAAGUCCCAAAUGGCUCCCUAUAUAGUGCUCUACUUUUAACCUGGUCAACCGUAGUGCACUAUAUAGGGAAUAGGGUGUCAUUUGGGACAUAUACUAUGUGUAUUUGUAAUAUUGGGGAGAAUUUCACACAUUGACCAGCCAGAAACCUCCCAUAACUGGCUUGUUUUAUCAUUUAGUCUAGAAGAGCAAACUAGGUCACUCCUCCUGACGUGGUAUAGCACUAUUUUGGCUUGCCUCAUUGCCCUACAGAGUGACUGAGAGAAUGUUUCCUCCCACAGUUUUUUUGUCGGUGAGCUGGAGAAAUGUCUUGAAGACAACGAGCACCUUCCUGAGCUUUUCAUUAAACAUGUACGUGAGUGGGGUUGCCUUUGUUGUUCUGACGUUGUUCAAUAGGUUUGAUUGGACAUGAUAAUGGCCAUAGUAGAACUUGAAGUUAGAUGCAUUUAACAACCAUAGGUGACUUACGUAGGUCAAAAUGAUUAUUCAGAAGAAGUGGAAGACAAAUCCAAGGAAAGAUCAUUUUCACAUUUUCAACCGUAGAACUGGAAAAUAAAAUAGAGGAAAGAUACUAAUAUUCUUCUCCUUUCAUACAGGAGAGACGACUACACAUGUAUGUGGUUUACUGCCAGAACAAGCCCAAGUCUGAAUUCAUUGUCGCUGAGUACGACACAUUCUUCGAGGUGAGCUGUACAACACUUUUGAGAAUUCUUGAGUAGUCUGAGAACAGCUUUGUAUAAUACUUUUUUUGUGUUAUAAAUAGGCUUAAUGCUAAUUGCAGCUAAUUCUACUUUAGGGCAUACAGCAAGAGAUCAGUUCAAGACUUGGCAUAAGUGACUUUCUCAUAAAGCCAAUUCAGAGAAUUACCAAGUAUCAGCUACUUCUAAAGGUAAGACUACAACGCUAAACUCCAGCAAGUAAUCCCUGAAAGACAUGCCCUUAGAUAUAUUUACCUGAAACUAAUGGAGGUUUUUAUCAAUGCCCUAUUGAUUACACACACUGUUUUUUCUUCUUCUUCAGGACUUCUUAAAGUAUAGUUCCAAAGCAGGACUAGAUUGCCAAGAGAUGGAGGUAACAGAAACGAUUUGCGAUUACAGCUAUACUGUAUGUGUUGUUGUAUUGUGUAUAGGUUGGCAAAAUUCCACUAACUUUCCCAAAAUACCUCGUUUCCAAGAGGGAAAAACCAGGAAAUCCGAAAAUCCUCCUGAUUCCAGGAAUCUUCCAACCAGGAAGUCCCUGAAAUUUUGUAACCCUAUUUGUUGUUUUGUGUAUCCAUCAUCACUGCUAUAUCAAUGUCAAUGCUCACACCAUUCUCAAUGUGUUUUACAGAAAGCAGUUGGUUUAAUGUCCCAGGUCCCCAAGCUUUGCAAUGACAUGAUGAAUCUUGGCAGACUACAAGGCUAUGAGGUGCUGUACAUUUCAUCAUUUAGUUAUUUAGCUACGAUAUUCCACUCAGUAACAGUCACCACUGUUUUCCAGGGUGUCAAUAAAAGCAUGCACAUUAAAUAGGAAACAAGUAAUGCUGCAGAUCAAGAGUGUGAUAUAAUUACAUUUGUUAUGGCAUACAUGUACAGGAAGUUACUACCAGGAUCAGUUAUGAUUUUAGAAUUGUUACAAUCCAUGCUCAUCUGGUGAAAAAUGUGGAAUUAAUCACGAAGCUGUAUUAGCUGUGUUAUUGGACAUUUUAACUCAAUCAGGUCAUGGCUUAGAGAGUCUAAUGUUUGUUCUUCCACAGGCAUAGUAAAAUUCACUUUGACAACACUCAGACUCCAUGAAAUCUCUGACCUCUAAGAUAAGCAAAGAUUUGCCUUGCCAGCUGUAACAGUGGUGAGAUUUAAGCACUGUGUUUGCCAAUGGCCUGGACUACAUCCCAAAUGGCACCCUAUUCCCUAUAUAGUGCACUACUUUUGACCAGAGCCUUAUGGGCCCUAGUCAAAAGUAGUGCGCUAAACAUGCAAUAGGGUUCUAUUUGAGAUGCAACCCUGGUCUCAGAUCCAGUACAAGGGUCUGCUGUUAGCUUUAUGACCUGGUGAGAAAAAAAGGGCUGAUACUGGGCAAUGCCCUUGUGUUGACAGACAGACUGGGGCAUGGCUGACUCUGCUUUAUUCUCCAGCGUUGAUAGAUGUUGAGUCGUAACUGAUCCUGUGUGUGUGUGUUUGUGCGCACGCCUUCCCCCAGGGUAAGCUGACCAGCCAGGGGAAACUGCUGCAGCAGGAGACGUUCUUUGUCACGGAGCAGGACACGGGCGUGUUGUCGCGCAGCAAGGAGCGCAGGGUCUUCCUCUUUGAGCAGAUCGUCAUCUUCAGCGAGCUCCUCCGCAAGGGCUCGUCCACCCCAGGCUACCAGUUUAAGAAGAGCAUCAAGGCAAGUAAUGUCAAAACAACAGUGAAUGCCAUUAGGACACCAUGGACCAGACAAAUGGAGGCAAUUUCCUACUGUUGCAUUCAAUCAAUCAAUCAAUCAACAAAACUUUAUUGUCCCCAGAGACAUUUUGGUUUGAAAGCAGGGUUGGGGAACAUUAUAAAAUACAGAGUCCAUAGAAAAUACAACACACCAUAGCGUUGUUGAUGAAUUGUGCAGUGUUGAGUUAGAGUUGUUGUGUUUCAUUGUAUUGUACAGGUGAGCUACUUGGGCUUGGAGGAGCAAGUGGACAACGACCCAUGUAAGUUUGUGCUGUCGUGUCGAGGCUCGGCCGAGCGAUUCACCCUGCAGGCGGCCAACCUGGACAUCAAGCAGGUGUGGGUCCAACAUGUCAGCCAGGUCCUGGAUGCCCAGAGCAACUUCCUGUCUGGUGAGAGAACUUCCUGUCUGACAUACACCUCAACUUUCAUGAGCUAAAUCUAGGGUUGCAAGAUUCUGUACAUUUUUCCAAGAUCCCCAUAAGACUUUCCAGACGUCCUAGUAGGAGAAUUCUGGAUUUCAUGGUUAUUCGCUCCUGAUUCAGAUAAUCUUCCAACUAAGAUUUCUGGAAAACCUGGGAAAUGUGAGAAAGUUACCUGAAUGUUGUCAAUAGUUAGAUCAAAACCCAUUUAGUCAUAACUACAGCCUCAACACAGGAGUAAUAGUAUUUACAUCCGUCUAACACAGAAUACACACAUGUGGCUUUUCGUUUAUUGAUUGUGUGUAACAAUGGACUAUCACCACAGCCCUGCAGUCUCCCAUUGAGUACCACAAGGAGAAGGGUGGUUCUCAAUCCCUCACCAGAAACCAGUCUGGCAGUCGGCCCCCCAGUUCCAACAGCAGGCCCCUCUCCUCCUCCUCUGUGGGGGCAGAGAAGCCCCCCCUGGCAGGACCGGGAAGGACCCCUACUCCUCUCAAACUAUCUACCUCCAACGGCAGCUCCUGCUAUGACUCAACUAGGGUGAGUCCAGUCUGGUCCGGUCCAGUCUGUUGUCUGGCCUAGUUUUACAUUUCAACAGGAGAUGUUGAAACUUUGUUUACUUGAAACUCGCAGACAAGAAAUACUGAAGUUAAGGAAUUGAGUCAAUGUAUGUAAUGACUCAUGUUAUUUGAAUGUGCAUACAGGUUUGUAUCAGUGUUGAUUUCCCCUGCCAUAAUACAAUCUUCCUUCCUCUCCCACCCCAUCCCCACCCCUCCCUAGCAGCAUGACGGCGUUGGAUGUAACGGCAUUUCCUCCACCAUGAUGGUGACCCAGGACUACAGUGCACUGAAGGAGAAUGAGAUCUGUGUGAUCCAGGGCGAGAUGGUGCAGAUCAUGGCCACCAACCAGCAGAACAUGUACCUAGUGUACCGGCCCGCCAACAGCCAGUCCCCUGCAGCCGAGGGCUGGGUCCCAGGCCACAUCCUGGGCCCCCUCACUAAAACACUCAAAGACAGUACUGCUAACGCAAGCAUCAAGUAAGUGUCCCUCAGCCUCGCCCCCACCCCCACAGAGCUGCUCUUAUUGGAUGAGGUGAAAGUUGAAUCUGCUCCAAUCCCUCCCCCCCCCCCCCACCGCCAACCCCCUUUAUGGGAACUAACUUGGAAAUGUUGGACAACACAGGGGUCAUUUUUUCUCCUUUUUUGUUAAUAUAUGUAAAGGCUUAAUGAGUAAUUCUCUGAAAAGAGUUAAAGGACUUUAGAGAAUCAUGGCUUCAUGUAGAGAAGACACACCGAGAGAAUCUUACAUCAAUGUGGAACUGACUGGUCUGGACUUUUAUUUCUGUUUCUAACACCGUUUUUUUCUUUACAUGUUUUUGAAAGGCCUUUUGAUGGACUGGGGGCUAUUUCUCAAAGUGGAGAAAGUUUGUUAUUGUCAAUGGCAAUUUGUACAGAUUGUGUUUUUGGUUUUGUUAUUUUUUUGUUACAUUUAUGUUCAUAUUGUAUUUUAUUUGUUUAAAAUUAUCAGAUAUGUUGGCAGUUUACUGUAAAAAGUUAAUUUGGUUUGUUUACUGAUGCGCUCUCUCCAGUACAUUCCUGUAUAAAGUAUUUUGCACUAUUUAAGAUAAUCCAUAUUAAUGAAGUCAGGUUGUGCAAUAUAAUUAUAGUCACAAUGUUAAUCAUUGUACUUGUAGUCUAACUAAUAAUUUUAAAUGUAUUUUAAAUAUGUAAAAUAAAAUUUUGACAUGAGCAUGAGUUUGCAAGCCAACAUAAGUUGAACUUGUUUUGCGUUAGAAGAACAUCAGUUACAUUGUUAAUAUUGGUAAAUACUAUGACUCUGCACUAGUGGUGCGAGGGUCAGCUGUUUCUUCACCCGCACCCGCCCGCAAUUGCUAAUAAUCCAUCCGCAACUGGCCGACUAUAUGUGAUAAAGUGAAAAUCUGAGGCCGGCAACUGACCCUAACCCGCUAAUAUAGAACUAGUAAAGGCCCAGUGCACUACUUUUGUGGAAAAUAGACAUUUACAAUACAUUUUUAUUAUUAAUAUUGUUUUUUUAUUUAGAUUUUUCAGGGGGUGAUGCAGCACCCUCAGCACCCCCACUUCCUGCGGCUAUGCUGAUUUAGAUAUGUUUCAGCAUAUAAUUUCCGACAUUUUACUAGGCUAUUUGUUAGUCAACUUGUCUAUAAUUAAAGACAUGCAGCUUCUCUUCUGUCAUUAUAUGUUGCCCUAGAAGACUAAGUUAACCCUUGCUCACCAGAAUGUAAUAAAUCGAUAAAAUUAAUGCUUCAAUCUUGUUGACAUCGGUAACGUUUUCUGUCGUCUCUGCUUCUUUCACGGAGCAAAGACAUUUAGGGAAAACACAAUAACAAAAACUAACUUUAAAGAUUUUCUGUGCAACAUGUCCAAAUGACAUCAGUUUGAAUGGUUGUAAGGAAAUAGAAAGCUGUGAAAACAACCCAACAUGUUUCUGAUAAGAUUUCAGUGUGGCUUGGAUGCAUAUUUUAUGUGGUUGAAAUACUAAAGAUGGCACCUCUACAGACAGGAUCUAACUGCACAUUCGAAUUCUCUCAAAAUGCUGAAAGAAUAAAUAAUAUUUCUCCACUCCUGUCAAAAUUUAGCCUAUCUUUGGUGUAUAAUUUUACUGCAAGAAAUUCUUAGUUAAUAUUAAGGCUAUGCGAGAGGUUAUAGACCUACAGUCAGUGUCCAGAUUUCAGUUUCCAUUUAACCCAUCUGAACAGUAGGCUACAGUUCCCUUGACGUGCCAUAGGCCUAUUUGAAGUCCCCGUCUUGUGACUGUCGAAUAUGUAUAACGCCUCACAAUCAUCACACACAUAACACUGCUAUAAUCCUCUUUUACCACUUCACCAAAUCUUUCCCAAACAUUACUUUUCUGGCCCUCCCUUCUCUUUAUUUUCAACUCUCCAUUUAGCAGCUUUUCUCUUAUUGAGUUAAACUCUGACAUUGUCCUUUUUGCAUCCAUGGAUCGAUGUAAAAAAUUUCUGCCCGUUCCCAAAAGCCCUAACCACGGGGACUGCAGGUUAUGAGUCAACUGCGCAUCACUACUCUGCAGUCAAACUGCAUGUUUCUCCGCUGAACAUUGCUCUUACAGCAUUAGACCUAGAUUCCAUUCUUAUCUCACAUUGAGCAUAAAAUGAUAGUGAAAUCAGUUCAUCCCAAUAUUUUAUCAUGUGGAUUUCAAUUUGUAAAAAUGAAAAAAGUUUCAUUGUGGCUUGAUCAUCCAUUUCCUCCUAAUGGUGGACCAUUUCUAAAUCGUGGGCGUUAUUAAAGUGAUCAUUCUUCUCAUGGAAAUGUCCUGGUGUUGUAUAAACACAUUCACAAACACCACUUCUGGGAUCUACUUUCUCACACUAGAGUGAUGAGGUUAGGAGUAUUUCAACAGCACACUGGUGUAUGCACUUUUUAUAUGAUUUGUUUCUGUUUCUUUGUACCCAUUUCGUUGACGUAGUCUGACGUAGUAGACUGCUUGUUUUAAUUUUCUACUAACCACACCGGUCCUCGACAAAAGUUUGUUGUGUACAAAGCAGCAUCAUUGAAAAUCUCACGACAAAGUAGAGCCAUGGAAUGGUUGGCCAGACCUCUUAUGCCCAACAAACUAGGCUGCUUUGACACAAAUUGUCUGUCCACUAUGGUGUAAGAGAAUCAAGGUAUGGUAGCGUACAGAGGAGCUUUUUCCACCUCUGUGUGUCUGACUUUCUAAUAUACCAUGAUAUAAACAUUAACUUUUGCUUUUCUAUUUGAAAAUUCUGUUCCAAAGGAGGUACAUUUGUCUCCUUUCUUUAUUUUUUUUAUCGCUCUAGAGGAGGGUAGGAGGGAGUGGUGAGGGGGGAGGGAGGGAGGGAGGGAGGUGCGGGAGGAGGGAGGCGGGAGGGAGGGGGGAGGGAGGGGAGGGAGGGAGGGAGGGAGGGAGGAGGAGGGAGGGAGGGAGGGAGGGAGAGAGGAGGGAGAGAGAGAGAGACGAGCGAGGGAGGAGAAGUAGUUAGGAUCUCUAGAUCGGAGUAUCCUACUAUAAUCGAUCUCUAUCAUCUAUACAUCUCUCUCUCUCUCUCUCUCUCUCUCUCUCUCUCUCUCUCUCUCUCUCUCUCUCUCUCUCGCUAGCCCCUCUCAAUCCCCCUGCACCUCUGCCAUCAGUGUGUGUAAGCCUGGAUUUGACUGGUAUAUUUCUUGGCACAACAGGAAAUCUCUUUCAUGGAAUACCCUGCGCUCGAGAAAGCGAGCAGAGAAGGAUAUCAGUGGCAAGGGUGAUGCAAAGGUUGAGAAUGGACUCCGUAAGCCCAAGGAGAUUCUCAGCACCAAGGUCACUGUCAAAGUGAGUAAGCGGGCUGUCUACGGAGAUGGUGUUCUGUGUCCUCGGCUGCCACUCCCUCACCUGUGUGUCGUGAUUCGUGACGUUAAUAAUCUCCAACACUGAAACACUAUGAUAAUCCACCUCUAACUACACUGUCUGCUCUCACUUUGGUUUGACGCCCCCUUAUGCAUGAUACUAAUGAGUCAGGUGACUUCUUGUCUGUGAAUUGUGGCAAUUUUGCUGUUGGUUAAAGUUAGACUCAGCGAAAUGACGUUGCCACGAGCAGUGCCGCAGAUAUUGAGAUGAGCGAGAUGCAAGACGUUGCUCUCACACAGUCACACAUAGUAUCUUCUCAUGUGCACGGGUUCACUUCACGCUCUUACAGCGUGGGAGCCACCGGCCCAAAACAGCAGAGAAGCUUAGCCUCUCACUUCAACGUUCUUAGUUAUUGCGGAAAUUGACCCACUAUGCUGUUUACUUUCUGCAUCUACGUCAUAUCACUGAGUCAACCUUUAAGAUAACUUUAGUUUUUGUUCAAAUUAAUGACUUUAUUGACAUAAAUAACACUGUGAAACCACCAUUUUGAUAACCUAUGACCUGGAGCCCAUUGAGGUAAACCCUUUAAACGAAAACAAGUCCUCAUUCAUGGGUUUAGCAUGCAGGUAUUAACUACACAAAUCAUAAGGUGUUGUGUUUCAGUGAAAACAUACUGAAACUGGAUCUCACACUACAUUAUAUUUCUGUAUCAAUAUAUACUAGCAGUGCAUUUCAAAAUAACCCCUCAUCAAUUCCGUAUGAUGCUGAGUCUGCUGAUCCAUCUUUCAUUUUAAGCAUGUUAGAGUAGAUUGUUUUAAUUUGUCAAUUAUGUCCAUUGGAUACAUUUCACUUUAAGUUUGCUUGCAAGUUUUGUCCUCGCCACGGUUUGACUAUUUAUGCCACUACCGUUACACACUCCCUACAUGGAAUAUGAACAUAGAAAGAGACAUGCACAUAUAAUUAAAUGUUACUGACUGCUAUUUGUGUGUCAUCAAUAAUUUUGUGUUAGAUUGCAUUGUUUCAGGUGUCAGCUCUAUAAUUUAUAUUAUUUAUUUUUGCUUAAUUGGUUCAUUUCCCAGCUCAUACAAUAUGUCCAUAUUUAUGCAUUUUUACCUCCGGCUCAGUGGUUCCCAAGCAACUCUUCUUUACAGAUUCCCUCUUUGUUUCCUUAAAGCCCUCCCACAUACAAUAUGCUGGACUGGACCUUCAGCCCUUAUCACCAAAGGCACUCCUAGAUAAAAUAAGUAUUUAGUUACACUGUAGGUGUAUCUAUCCAAAUCCUUUCAGAUCUACAGUGCUUGGGGAGUAUGGGUCAGGGGUCAAUUUGGAAUUCAGCACAAGACAGAUUCUCUGUCUUUAACACCAUACUUACUAGUAAGCACAAAUCCUAUAUCAACAACCCAUACACAUUAGCCUCAACAGAAUCCUGACUGUGCCUCUAGCUUGGGGACCACCAGGCCUUUGUAACUGCUCUAAUUUUGCUUUCUCUUAUCCCACACCGCAGGAGUCAAACAGCUCAGAGGAGUCAGAUUGCGAUGAUGAACUCCCCAAAACUAGCAUGGAGGUAGUAAUACACGCCGAUCUGUCAUCAUGCAUGCUGCCCAGUUGAGUUUCUGUAGCUACGUCUAGCAAGAGGAAACUACACUCAGCAUCAUAGGGGUUUUCACUGUGGUCAGGAGCUUUUGACAAAAAGGCAGGUUCCACAUGUUCCAUUAGCUACACUAGCUUUUUACCCAUAGAAAUACAAUCACUAGAAUAAGCUUCCCCAUUCAAGUCAAGGGGUCUGCAAUGGGUGGAUCAGUUGCCAUUUUGAGUAUGGUUUCAUCCUGAGCAAGAACCAACAGGAAUAUCUUUGUUCCUGCUCCUUAUUUGUUAGGAUUUUCUGGUUCCGGCCUCAGAGAGGCCAUGGGUGGAGUUUGUAAAUGCAUUUGCCACUGAUUGGUGCACAGUAUUAAUACAUCAGGUAAGCACCUGGAACACAUGAGCAAAAUAUGUUGAAAAGACGUAUUUUUGUUUGAAAAGAUGUAUUGUUCUCACAUGCAUCAUUGUAACUCCUGUACAGCCUGUGGACCCCAGGAAAAGUAGCUGCUGCAUGUGCAACAGCUAAUGGGGAUCCUUAUAAACUAAACAAGCCUCCCCCUUCAAAGCUUGCACGGUCCUGUGUGGCUCAGUUGGUAGAGCAUGGCGCUUGCAACACUAGGAUUGUGGGUUCGAUUCCUGCAGAGGCCACCCAUGUGAAAAUGUAUGCACGCACUACUGUAAGUUACUUUGAAUGAAAGUGUCUGCUAAAUGCCAUAUAUUAUAUGAUAAAUUAAAUUGCUCUAGUUCCUCAGUUCCAAUUCCUGGUCAUUGUAAUUGAAAAGCAUCCUCCUGUUAGCUUUGACAGACUUGACCUCUCAGCAGGCUUGUUAGUCUGUUGUAAAGAUGUUCACCCUUUUUGAUUGCAAAACAAUACAUUUAUUCCUAUAACUAUGUUAUUAAAUCCCUAAAGGGGUCUUGGCAAGUUUAGCUAGCUGCUCUAUGUGCUACUUGUCUGAUCUCAAGCGUCCACAUUUUCUCUUCUUGUGUAGCCGUGUGGUUUCCAUGGACCAUUACCGCAACCUAGUGUUCCUACAUUGAAAUACAUCUCUCCCAGGGAUGGUUAGGUUUGUUAAUGUGACAAAGCCUCUCACACAAACCCCCGUAAGCAUGCCACUACUCCUGACAUCUCUUCUUUUGGAUCCCCUGGUGAUUGCGCCUUGUUUUGCAUUUUUUUGCAAAGAUUUUUAAAGGCAUGACAUGCCUAAAUGUCACAAAUAUAUGUGGGGUACGAUGCCCUAGUACAGUAGCCCUCUAUUGCAAAUAAUUUGUAAAUGGUAGGACACAAAUAUGAGUGACACAGAACUCUGAGGUAUGUAUAUAUGUAUUUUCCUUUUGAAUUAGCAAAACAGUUCAUAAUUCAAACAAGAACAUUAUAGUUCAUUCAUAUUGCCUAACAGCCAUGCCUUAUCUUUGCAGAUAAUGAAUCCCAAUUUUAUACAAGAAGGUAAGAUGAACUAUCAGAACAUAAACACUUACAUUUAAAUGAUUAAGAGUGAAAUCAAUAAUCAUUUAAUUACUGAUAUGUCAUGCAUCCUUCUGAGGCUGGUUGCGUCUCAUGGCACCCUAUUCCCUAAUAGUGCACUACUUUUGACCUUAGCCCUAUGGGCCCUGGUCUACAGUAGUGCAUUAUAUAGGGUGCCAUUUAGGACGUAGCGUAUAUUUAAGCAAUAAUGCACGAGGGGAUGUGGUAUAUGGCCAAUAUACCAUGGCUAAGGGCUGUUCUUAUGCAUGACGCAACGCAGAGAGCCUGGAUACAGCCCUUAGCCAUGGUAUAUUGGACAUAUACCACAAACCCCCGAGGUGCCUCAUUGCUAUUAUAAACUGGUCACCGACAUAAAAAUAAUGUUUUGUCAUGUCCCGUGGUAUACCACGGCUUUCAGCCAAUCAGCAUUCAGGGCUGCAACCACCCAGUUUAUAAUUGCUGUUAGAAUCAUGUGGUGUGGUUAGCUGACACUGCUGUGUGUUAAUGUAUUUAGUGGCUCCAGAGUUCCUGAUCCCACUAGCUGAUGUAACGUGUGCUUUUGGGGAGACGGUGGUCCUAUGCUGCAAAGUGUGUGGACGUCCCAAACCCAACAUCACUCUGAAAGGACCCGAUCAGAACCCGGUUGUCAACAACAGCAGGUUCACUAUAAACAUUAGGUAAAGGAACUAUAAGGUUUCUAGUUAGGAUAUGGUCUUGAUGAUCACAAGAAAAUCAGAUGUUGGAUGCCGCCAGUGGGGGCCAGCCGAGGAAGACAUCAGAGGACCGGCUCAUAGUAAUGGCUGGAAUAUAAGAAAUGGAACGGCAUGGAAACCAUAAGUGUUUGAAACCGUUUCAUUUAUUCCAUUCCAGCCAGUACUAUGAGCCGGUCCUCUGAUGUCUUCCUCCGCUGGCCCUCACUGGUGGGCAUCCAACAUCUGAUUCUGACUAAUAAAUGGAAGUACAUACCCAAAUUCCUCUAACCUAGUAAGAGUAGGAAGUAAGAUGAAAGAAACGUCUCUGGCAGGACAGUUAGACAUCUCUAGAGAUACUUACACUAUUAUCUCCCUAUUGGAUGAAUAAAACAUUCUGACAUAAUUGCUUAAAGGUAAUGUCUGUGGCCUAAUCCCUAUGGUAAAUCCAUUGUCUGCAUCCCAAAUAGUUCCAUUCCCUAUAUAGUCCACUACUUUUGACCAGUAGUGCACUAUAGGGCUCUGGUCAAAAGUAGUGCACUAUAUACAGUGUGUGUAAGAAAUAGGGUGCCAUUUGUGACGCAUCCCUAGGUAGACUAAACAUGUUGCUGGAGGAAUAACAUGAACUUUAGAUGGAGCUCAGUAAAAGGUUAUGAUCAGCAAAAGCAGAAACCAAUGUAGCAUAUUUAUUUUCUGGUGAGAAAGGUCAUGUUCUAUUCUUGGCAACCAAUCACACCUACUCUCUCCUUCUCUGUCCUUGUCUCCAGGGAUACGGGCGACAUUCUGCUGAAGAUCUGUAACCUGAUGCCCCAGGACACUGGCAUCUACACCUGUGUGGCCAUCAAUGACCAUGGCACUGCCUCCUCCUCCGCCUCCAUCAAAGUACAAGGUGAGACCAGGGGAUAUGGAUGGGGGGUGGGGUUUCGAGAGGCUCUUCAUUAGCUUGGUCAAGCAGACUGACCACUGCACUCACAUUUUGGAUUGCGAGCUAUCAUGAGAUCAGGCUCCUUUCACAAGGCUAGCUCUCCAUGGCCAUUUAAGACUGAUAUUGGGCUAAUGUCUGUUUUCAGGUAUUCCAGCGGCACCUGCGAGGCCGGUGGCCCAGGAGGCCAGUAGCAAUGCAGUGAUUGUCCACUGGCUCCCCCCAGCCAGCUCAGCUAACUGUGCUGUGUCCAGCUACACAGUGGAGUACAGGCAGGAAGGUACAGUAGGUCCAUCUCUCUUCUGGCUCCGGGGUACAGAUCUAGGAUCAGCCUCCCCAAAUCUUAACCUUAAAGCUGCAAUAUAUAAAUGUUUGGGCAAACCGUGUGUUAGAUCUGUCAUUCUCAUUGAAAGCAAGUCUAAGAAGUGGUAGAUCUGUUCUAUGUGCGCUAUUUCUAUGCUUCUCGUUCUGAAAAUACAAUAUUUUGGGGAUAUGGAAAAUAUAUUUCACAGCAUUUUAGAUGGUACAAUGAUUCUCUACACUAUACUUCCUUGUUUUGUCACAUAAACUGAAAUUAGGCUAACUAUUAGAAUUUUAGAAACCAGGAAAUGGCGGAGUGAUUUCUCCAUAGUGUAUCUAUAACCAUUAGUGGGGAAAAUGCUAAACUGAACCAAGAUCAACAUCUAGGAGCAACUUCACCUUCCACCUCUCUUCCGCUUUACAAAUCAUAAGCUACAGACAGUCACCUGUGACCUUUGAACUAUGACCUAACCUCUCGUCCUCUUCUCUGCAGACUCCCUGGUGUGGCAGCAGUCGGUGGUCUCCACUGUAGAUGUGUGUGUGAAAAUUGAAGAUCUCAUUCCUGGGGGGCACUACCAGUUCCGGGUCAGUGCCAGUAACCCCUGGGGUAUCAGUCCGCCCAGCGAGCCCUCCAACAUGGUGACCCUGCCCAGCGGGAGUGAGUCAAACCCUCCAUCUUCACACUACAAGCAGGGAGGGCCAAAACAAACAAAUAGAAUAGAAAAAAAUAGAAAAAUAGAAUAGAAAAAAUGAGGAACGAGAAAGAAAAAGAAAGCUUUGUUAUUUAGUAUCUCAUAUCUCAGACUGGCCAAUAAAAAGAAAAGAUUAAAAUGGGCAGUCUGAGAUAAGGCUUUUUCUUUGCAACUCUGCCUAGAAGGUCAGCAUCCCGGAGUCGCCUCUUCACUGUUGACGUUGAGACUGGUGUUUUGCGGGUACUCUUUAAUGAAGCUGCCAGUUGAGGACCUGUGAGGCGCUUGUUUCUCAAACUAGACACUCUAAUGUAUUUGUCCUCUUGCUCAGUUGUGCACCGGUGCCUCCCACUCCUCUUUCUACUCUGGUUAGAGCCAGUUUGUGCUGUUCUGUGAAGGGAGUAGUACAAAGCGUUGUACGAGAUCUUCAGUUUCUUGGCAAUUUCUCGCAUGGAAUAGCCUUCAUUUCUCAGAACAAGAAUAGACUGACGAGUUUCAGAAGAAAGUUAUUUGUUUCUGGCCAUUUUGAGUCUGUAAUCGAACCCACAAUUGCUGAUGCUCCAGAUACUCAACUAGUCUCAAGAAGGCCAGUUUUAUUGCUUCUUUAAUCAGCACAACAGUUUUCAGCUGUGCUAAGAUAAUUGCAAAAGGGUUUUCUAAUGAUCAAUUAGCCUUUUAAAAUGAUAAACUUGGAUUAGCAAACACAAUGUGCCAUUGGAACACAGGACUGAUGGUUGCUGAUAAUGGGCCUCUGUACGCCUAUGUAGAUGUUCCAUUAGAAAUCAGCCAUUUCCAGCUACAAAAGCCAUUUACAACAUGAACAAUGUCUACACUAUAUUUCUGAUCAAUUUGAUGUUAUUUUAAUGGACAAAAAAAAUGAUUUUCUUUCGAAAACAAGGACAUUUCUAAGUGACGCCAACUUUUGAACGGUAGUGUAUGUAGCUACAAUGUAAAUAUUGACUAAUCAAAUAUUCCAUUUGUUUUCUUUCUAUUCUAAGUUUCCACAUUUGAUGGAACUGGCAUUCAGUGGAAAGACAACUUUGAAUCGACUUUUACAGAAAUUUGUGAGAUCGGACGGUAAAUUGCACACCCCACCAGUUUUAAAGUAGCCUACCAUAAUUGUUUUAAAUUAGAAGUAUUUUAUUGGGAUUUUUCACACAAAUGUCAUACAAAUUCUCAUAAAGGCUAACUGUAGCAGUUGAAUAGGUACAACAAUGACAUUUUUUAUGUGUUACAACUAAUCUCCUACUCCUCUCCUACAGGGGCCGAUUCUCUGUAGUGAGAAAGUGUCUGAACAAGGCUAGUAAGAAGGAGGUGGCUGUGAAGUAUGUCACUAAGAAGAUGCAGAAGAAGGAGCAGGUGGCCCAUGAGGCGGACAUCUUAUGCCACGUCCAGCAUUCUCAGCUGGUGGCUCUGACUGACACCUAUGAGUCCCCCACCUCCCUUAUGCUGGUCUUCGAGCUGUAAGUGUCACGCCCUGACUCUGAGGACUUGUAUUUGUUGAGUCAGGGUGUGUAUUUUCUGUGUUGUGUUUGCUAUGUUGUUUUCUAUGUUUUAGAUCUAGAAUGUGUAGAUCUAUGUUGGCCGGGGUGGUUCCCAAUCAGAGACAGCUGUAGCUCGUUGUCUCUGAUUGGGGACCGUACUUAGGCAGCCUUUUGGCACCUGUUAGUUGUGGGAUCUUGUUCCGUGUUUUGGUAUGUUAGUGUGCUACCUUGGACUUCACGUUUUGUUUGUUGUUUUUGUCGCUGCGCCUUGGUCCGUCUCGUCCGUAAACGAUCGUGACAGAAGAUCCCACCAAAAUAGGACCAAGCAGCGUGUUCAGGAGCAAACGCCGGGAAUUAAACAGGAGGUUACGUUAGUAGAUGUCCUCCUCGGUUGGGGGAGAAUCACGGAGGAGGAGGCCGUCCGUUACCGGAGGGCGAUGAAUGAGGAUGCCCAGGUAGGAGAGGAGAAACGGCGCCAACAGUGCCGACGACAGAGACCCGAGAGGUUUGGGGGGGGCACACGGUGUGGACGACGAGGCAGCAGGAGGCAGCGACAGGGCGAAUCUGCAGGUUAGGAGAGGAGGCCACCAGGUUACGGGGGCUAUUGGUCCAGAGGGAGCAGGAGUUAUUUGGUCAGAGGGAGGAGCUACAGGAGGCGAUAAGGGAGAAGGAGAGUGUAGAGGCACGGCGAGAGGAGCUGGUUAGGCAGCAGAAGGAGCGGGGGUUUAUAAGGGAACCCAGUCCCGCUCCUCGCACCAAGCAAGUGGUGCGUGUCGCCAGUCCGGUCCGGCCCGUUCCUGAUCCCCGCACUAAGCCAGUGGUGCGUGUUCCCAGUACGGCCCGACCCAUUCCUGCUUCCCGCACAAGGCCAGUGGUGUGUGUUCCCAGUACGGUCCGGCCCGUUCCUGCUCCCCGCACUAAGCCAGUGGUGCGUGUUCCCAGUACGGCCCGACCCGUUCCUGCUCCCCGCACUAAGCCAGUGGUGUGUGUUCCCAGUACGGUCCGGCUCGUUCCUGCUCCCCGCACUAAGCCAGUGGUGCGCGUCGCCAGCCCGGCCCGGCCUGUUCCUGCCCCUCGCACCAAACCUGUGGUGCGCGUCGCCAGCCCGGCCCGGCCUGUUCCUGCUUCUCGCACCAAACCUGUGGUGCGUGUCGCCAGCCCGGCCCGGCCUGUUCCUGCCCCUCGCACCAAACCAGUGGUGCGUGUCGCCAGCCCGGCCCGGCCUGUUCCUGUCCCUCGCACCAAACCAGUGGUGCGCGUCGCCAGCCCGGCCCGGCCUGUUCCUGCCCCUCGCACCAAACCAGUGGUGCGCGUCGCCAGCCCGGCGAGGGACAGGAACAGGCUGGGCACCAAGCCAGUGGUGCGCGUCGCCAGCCCGGUCCGGCCUGUUCCUGUCCCUCGCACCAAGCCAGUGGUGCGUGUCGCCAGCCCGGCCCGGCCCGGCCUGUUCCUGCCCCUCACACCAAGCCAGUGGUGCGCAUCCCCAGCCCAGCCCAGCCCGGCCCGGCCUUCGCACCAAGCCAGUGGUGCGCGUCGCCAGCCCGGUCCGGCCUGUUCCUGUCCCUCACACCAAGACAGUGGUGCGCGUCGCCAGCCCGGUCCGGCCUGUUCCUGCACCCCGCACCAAGCCAGUGGUGCGCGUCGUCAGCCCGGUCCGGCCCGUUCCUGCUCCCCGCACCAAGCCAGUGGUGCGUGUGUCCAGUCCGGCACGCCCCGUGCCUGUUCCACCGGUGCCUGGUCCGGUACCGGUCAGCUGUUCCACUCCGGAGCCAGAGCAAUCCGCUCCACCGGGGUCCAGUCCAGCUCCGGUCAGCGGCUCCACUCCGGAGCCAGAGCAAUCCGCUCCACCGGGGUCCGGUCCAGCUCCGGUCAGCUGCUCCACUCCGGAGCCAGAGCAAUCCGCUCCACCAGUGCCUGAUCCAGCUCCGGUCAGCGGCUCCACUCCGGAGCCAGAGCAGUUCGAUCCACCAUCGUCGGGUCCAGCUCCAGUCAGCGGUUCCAGUCCAGACCCAGACGUCAGCCCCUCUCCAGGUUCGGGGUCUCCCACACCAGGGUCCAGACAGGGCUUGGUACGUCGUGGGAGGAAGGAGAGGGGAAGCAGCGCGCCGAGAUCCAGACCAGACCAGGGGCACAACAGGGAGGUGGAGAGUAAGUGGUGGUCACGCCCGGAGCCGGAUCCGCCUCCGAGGCGGAAUGCCCACCCGGCCCCUACCCUGUUAUGUUUAUGUGGCGCGGUCGGAGUCCGCACCUUUGGGGGGGGGGGUAUUGUCACGCCCUGACUCUGAGGACUUGUAUUUGUUGAGUCAGGGUGUGUAUUUUCUGUGUUGUGUUUGCUAUGUUGUUUUCUAUGUUUUAAAUCUAGAAUGUGUAGAUCUAUGUUGGCCGGGGUGGUUCCCAAUCAGAGACAGCUGUAGCUCGUUGUCUCUGAUUGGGGACCAUACUUAGCCAGCCUUUUGGCACCUGUUAGUUGUGGGAUCUUGUUCCGUGUUUUGGUAUGUUAGUGUGCUACCUUGGUCCGUCUCGUCCGUAAACGAGCAUGACAAUAAGGAACAUUCUGCUGUGGACUUGGGCUGAUUCUCAAUUCAUCUUUCCUCAAUUCCUCGCAUCCUCUCUCCUCGCCUCCUUCUCAAAAUACUUUGGAGAACCAGGUCUGGGUGGAGGGUCUUUUGACCUUGUCUUCCAAUACGAUUUAGAAAGAGGGAUGUAUUAUUGUUUUUGCUUUUUGCCAACUCCUAUCUGCUUGUGGCAUGACAAUCAUAGAGUUGGACCCACGCUAGGGAUUAUAGCCUUCACUUGGCAUUGUUAGUGAACUCAGUCAUUGUCUGCUUCCCAAAUGGCACCCUAUUCCCAUAGUACACUACUUUUGACCAGAGAAUGUAGUGCAUUAUAUAGGGAACACGGUGCCAUUUGGGACAGACACAUAGUGUCUUAGAGUGUGGUCUGAAUUAAUGUUUGUCUCGUGUUGUUUCCAGGCUGGAGGGCGGGAGGCUGCUGGACUACCUGGUGGCCCAUGAUGAGCUGAUGGAGGAGAAGGUGGCCUUCUUUGUGAAGGACACCUUAGAGGCAUUGCAACACCUCCACACCUGCAAAGUGGUACAUCUAGACCUAAAGGUAAACACAAAGCACACAUCCGUACCACUGCUAAGGACAUAUGGUGCAUAUACAAUGUUAUUAAAGUGACAUUACACUUUCAAAGUUUGACAAAUGUUUUCAGACCAAGAAAAUUGUAUAAUUUCAAGAUGAAACCAUGUCCCACGAAACCGGUUGAGUAGAUCUAACUAUACACUGAGUGUACAAAACAUUAGGAACACCUGCUCUUUCCAUGACAUAGACUGACCAGGUGAAUUUAGGUGAAAGCUUUGAUUCCUUAUUGAUGCCACCUGUUAAAUCCACUUCAAUCAGUAUAGAUGAAGGGGAGGAGACAGGUUAAAGAAGGAUUGUUAAGCCUUGAGACAAUUGAGACACGGAUUGUGUGUGUGUACCAUUGAGGGUGAAUGGGCAACACAAAAUAUUUAAGUGCCUUUGAACGGGGUAUGGUAGUAGGUGCCAGGUGCACCGGUUUGAGUGUGUCAAGAACUGCAAUGCUGCUGGGUUUUUCAUGCUCAACAGUUUCCAGUGUUUAUCAAGAAUGGUCCACCACCCGACGGACAUCCAGCCAACUUGACACAACUGUGGGAAGCAUUGGAGUCAACAUGGGCCAGCAUCCCUGUGGAAGGCUUUCGACACCUGCCCCAACGAAUUGAGUCUCUUCUGAGGGCAAAAGGGGGUGCAACUCAAUAUUAUGAAGAUAUUCCUCAUAUUUUGUACACUCAGUGUAUGCCUCCACCCCAAAUUAAUGGAAAUUAGGACACUUUUGAGGUCUGAAAACAUAUGACAAACUUUCAGUGAAAUGUCCCUGAUCUUGGUUAAAUCCAUUUACAAAUGUGUUCCUCUCUUGUGUGUCCUUAGCCUGAGAACCUCCUGGUGGAUCUCCACGUGCCUGUUCCCUGCAUUAAGCUCAUAGACUUUGGCGAUGCGGUCCAGGUGUCUGGCCACCGUUAUGUCCACCUGCUCCUGGGAAACCCAGAGUUUGCUGCUCCGGAGCUGAUCCAGGGCACCCCGGUGUCGCUGAGCACGGACGUGUGGAGCGCCGGCGUCCUGGCCUACGUCAUGCUGAGCGGCGUCUCGCCCUUCCUGGACGAGAGCCUGGAGGAAACGUGCGUCAACAUCUGCAAGCUGGACUUCUGCUUCCCCGAGGACUACUUCCAGGGAGUGAGCCAGGCGGCCCGGGACUUCAUCAACUCUACCCUGCAGCAGGACCCCCGGAAGAGGCCCAGUGCCACCACCUGUCUCCAGCACCCCUGGGUGGGCGCCCACAGUGGAGACUACUCCAAGAACCCACUGGACACUGGUCGCCUGGCCUCCUUCAUCGACAGACGGAGGCAGCUGCAUGACGUGCGCCCCGUCACCAACAUCAAGGGACUGGUGACUAGUAGCAUGGGACACACCCUAUGA